ACAAUACAAAUGAUGCUUUGUGCAUUAAACUAGACGGUGUUGAUAAUGAUGCCAGCUGAGUCGGUGAGUAAAAAUGCAAUCAGUUCCAAGGAGCCAAGUGCAAACACGCAUUCACUGAAAGGGGGUAGGUGAUGGCAGCAGAAGCGUCCAUGUAGAGACAUUGGUGGGGGCUCACGCGUCACUCUCCCCGUCACCCGGCGCGCGCCCUCCGGCUCGAGCCGCCCUCCAGCACGAGCUUGCUUGCAACUCGCUCCGAAAUUUCCAGCUAGGUUCACUUCGUAAAAUCCACCCUACUCCACAUUCAAACUAUCGAAAUGAGAAUCAUUGUCGUGUGAUUACUCUUUCCACCGGCUCUCGUUGCUUGCAUAUUAACCCCUGCACUGUCAUCACGCCGUCAGUUCAGGCGGGUGGAGAAAAGGGAACCAAUCGCCAGUCUGGCUUGUAGAAGCGAGACAUCCGCCUUGGUGACCGUUAACAGCAGUGCCGCGGCUGUUUUUUUUUAAAUUUUAUGUUUUGGAUGUGCGGGGGUCGUACCUACUGAGGUUCGUCGGAGAAGAUGUGAGCAGAGAAAUGCGCAGGAGGAGAGCAGCAACGCCGGCGUCGCUGCGGCUGUCAUUGUUCAUCUCCGAAAAGCGAAAGACCGAGAGGGAGAGGUUUUCGUAAAUAAAUAAUAAAAGAAGGUGGGGGCAUCAAGUGACGGAAGGUGCCAGGGCUGUUCAAAUGCCAUUUAGACGGGGGAAACGGAAUGUCGAGCUGAACUAUAUACGUUUUGGUGUGCGUGUAUGUGAGCUGUGAAGAUUUUGAUUUGCCUGUGUUUGAUUUCGGCUGCAAGCUUCUUUGCCCAGUUGUCAUCUCGAGGGGCUCGGACUCUGCACGACCAUGAUGUGCGAGGUGAUGCCCACAAUCAGCGAGGACACCCUCAGCCAGAGGGGCUCCCAGAGUAGCUCGGAGGACUCCAAUUUCGAACAGUUGAUGGUCAACAUGCUGGAUGAGCGUGACCGGCUACUCGACACCCUCCGGGAGACCCAGGAAAGCUUGGCGCUAGCACAAGGCAAACUUCAGGAUGUCAUCUACGACAGAGAUUCUCUGCAGCGCCAACUUAACUCCGCAUUACCCCAGGAAUUUGCUGCACUGACAAAAGAAUUAAAUACUUGUAGAGAACAACUGCUGGAAAAAGAAGAGGAAAUUUCUGAACUUAAGGCUGAGAGGAACAAUACACGACUGUUGUUGGAACAUUUGGAAUGCCUAGUGUCAAGACACGAACGAUCACUGAGAAUGACAGUGGUGAAGCGACAAGCUCAAUCCCCUUCAGGGGUUUCCAGUGAAGUUGAGGUUUUGAAGGCAUUAAAGUCACUUUUUGAGCACCAUAAGGCUUUAGAUGAGAAGAUAGCAAUACAACAAGAGCAAACAGUCCACACCCAGAAGAAUGAAGAAUUAAUAGAAUCAGAACUUCCUGAGGGAGCAGAGCAAAGUCAAAAGAUCCACGGAAAGCCUCUUUCUAAUGGUUCUAUUGACCCUCAUGAUAAAAAUAAUGAAGUUGUGGAACUACAAGAAUUACUGGACAAACAGAAUUAUGAGAUGACACAAGCAAAAGAGCGACUAUCAACAUUGUCUGGCCAGUUAGCUGAAGUGGAACAAGACCUAGAGACAGCCAGAAAAGAACUGAUUAAGUCUGAAGAAAUGAGUACUAAAUACCAGAGAGAUAUCAGAGAGGUAAUCGCUCAGAAAGAGGAUAUGGAAGAAAGGAUAACGACUUUGGAAAAGCGGUACCUUAAUGUGCAGAGAGAAUCAACUUCAUUACAUGACAUAAAUGACAAGCUUGAAAAUGAAUUAGCAAAUAAGGAUGCAUUCCUACGCCAGCUUGAGGAAAAAAAUAGACAGCUGCAGGAACGUCUGGAACAUGCCGAACAGAAGCUACAACAAACAAUGAAGAGAGCAGAAACAUUACCAGAGGUAGAAGCUGAACUUGCCCAGAGAAUUGCAGCUCUGACAAAGUCUGACCCAACCUCUUCUACCUCAUCUGAUGAUUAUCCCUAUGUUUUGGAAGCAAACCUGCAAGAAAUGAUGACCAUGCUUAGGAAGGCAGAAGAGAGACACGGCAGCAUAGAAGAACGUUUGAGGCACUUGGAGACUCAGCUUGAAGAAAAGAAUCAGGAACUUCAGAGGGCCCGUCAAAGAGAGAAGAUGAAUGAAGAGCACAAUAAGAGACUGUCUGACACAGUGGACAGAUUGCUCACGGAGUCUAAUGAGCGACUUCAACUGCAUCUAAAAGAGCGAAUGGCUGCAUUAGAAGAUAAGAAUAUGUUGAUUCAAGAAUCUGAACUGCUAAGGAAACAACUAGAGGAGUCUCUUCAUGAUAAGGAACGAUUAGCAGAAGAAGUUGAAAAGUUUCACUCCGAGGUUCAACAAAUGAAAAUGCAAUCUGCUGCUUUGUUGGACCCAGCCAAGUCCAGGCCACGUUUGGAUACUUCACCUGAUAUGCGAUAUUCCAUGGGCUCAUUGAUAGAUAGCCAAUCUGACCAUUAUAGGUCUUCCAAAAUGCUAAGGAGAUCACAGAAGGGGCGUGUAACAGGACACAGAGAAGAACCAAAGAUGCAAACAAUUGGGGACAAAGAAUGGAGCAGAACUCAACAUAUUAGCAUGCUGAGCAGCCAACAGUUUGAGAGUGACACUGAAAUGUCAGACAUUGAUGAUGAUGACAGAGAAACCAUAUUUAGUUCCAUGGAUCUUCUUUCACCUAGUGGGCAUUCUGAUGCUCAGACUCUUGCUAUGAUGCUGCAAGAACAACUUGAUGCUAUUAAUAAUGAAAUAAGGUUAAUUCAGGAGGAAAAGGAGUCAACUGAACUUCGUGCAGAGGAAAUUGAGAAUCGAGUAGGCAGUGUUAGUCUUGAAGGUUUAAAUUUGGCCAGAAUGCAUCCAGUGAGAUCUAUUACAGGCUCUGCCACUGCUUCAUCAUUAGCUAGCUCCUCCCCACCAAUCAGUGGACAUUCAACUCCCAAAUUCAGAGCACGCAGCCCUGCCCGAGACAUUGAUCGUAUGGGCGUCAUGACAUUGCCAAGUGACCUAAGGAAGCAUCGGAGAAAGAUUGCAGCUGUGCAGGAAGAAGGUCGUGAAGAUAAAGCCACAAUAAAAUGUGAAACAUCACCACCAUCAACACCAAGAGCAGUAAGAAUGACACACACCCUACCCUCCUACCAUGAUGAAGAACGUAGUUUUUCAGCAUCAAUAGAAGCAGAAAUGGGCAACUAUAGCAGUACAAGUAGCCAAGACUCACUUCAUAAAGCACAAAAGAAGAAAGGAAUCAAAUCUUCUAUUGGCCGUUUGUUUGGCAAAAGAGAGAAAGGACGGUUAGCACAUCUUAGCAAAGACCAUUUGGCUUCAGUUCAAGGCAUUUUUGACGCAGAAAUUGGUAACCCAGAUUCCCUUGGACUGGGAAAACUCGGAACUCAAGCUGAAAAAGAUAGAAGAUUGAAGAAAAAGCAUGAAUUGUUAGAGGAAGCCCGGAGAAAAGGUUUGCCAUUUGCACAAUGGGAUGGACCGACAGUCGUCGCGUGGCUUGAGCUAUGGCUUGGAAUGCCUGCAUGGUACGUUGCUGCUUGCCGUGCAAAUGUGAAAAGUGGUGCCAUCAUGUCUGCCCUGUCUGACACUGAGAUCCAAAGAGAAAUUGGAAUCAGUAAUCCUCUUCAUCGCUUAAAACUCAGACUGGCGAUCCAAGAGAUGGUGUCACUAACAAGCCCAUCGGCACCCCCAACAUCGAGAACACCUUCAGGAAAUGUCUGGGUGACCCAUGAGGAAAUGGAAAACUUAACAUCUGCUACAAGAAUGGAGUCUGAAGAAGGCAGUUGGGCUCAGACAUUGGCUUAUGGUGACAUGAAUCAUGAAUGGAUUGGUAAUGAAUGGCUUCCUAGCCUAGGAUUACCGCAGUAUCGCAGCUACUUCAUGGAAUGUCUAGUAGAUGCUAGAAUGCUGGAUCAUUUGACAAAGAAAGAUCUUCGUAUUCAUUUAAAAAUGGUGGAUAGCUUUCACCGGACAAGUCUACAGUAUGGUAUUAUGUGCUUGAAACGGUUGAACUAUGAUCGAAAAGAACUGGAGAAGAGAAGAGAACUAAGCCAACAUGAAAUUAAAGAUGCAAUAGUGUGGAGCAAUGACCGUGUAAUCAGGUGGAUACUGUCCAUUGGCCUUCGAGACUAUGCAAACAACCUCAUGGAAAGUGGUGUUCAUGGAGCACUCCUAGCCUUGGAUGAAAACUUUGACUAUAGCAGUUUGGCUUUAAUACUUCAAAUUCCCACUCAAAACACACAGGCAAGGCAGGUACUUGAAAGAGAGUAUAAUAAUCUUCUUGCACUUGGAACAGAGCGGGCUCUUGAUGAUGAUGAUGAGAAAAACUUCCAGCGAAGGCCAUCCUGGAGAAAACAGUUCCCUUCCCGUGAAGUUCAUGGAAUCAGCAUGAUGCCUGGAUCUUCUGAAACACUUCCUGCAGGUUUCAGAUUAACAACCACAUCCACAAAAAGAUCAUCUGAUGUCGGCACAUCAGGAAUGCAAAGGAUAGACAAUUCCACCAUUCGGACUUACUCUUGCUGACAGCCAGGGAAGUUGAAACAGCAUUAUUUUGAGUACAUUCCUGAUGCCUGUAAGGAAAAACAUUAAUUGCCUUUGAAGACUGACACAAUCAACAGCAAUUUGCCAGCUGGAUGAGUUGGAUGUUGCUGAUAGGGGGAACAGUUGCACAGUUUAAUGAUGAUUCUUGUGAAAAUAUUAGUAUAUUUAAGGGUUAUGAUUUGUAAAUGUCAAUUUAUUUCACUAUCAACUGAGUUGAUAUUGUUCGGUAAAUGUUUGACAAAAAUCACUGCACUCACCCUUUUUCAACAUUACAGUGUAGUAAUGAAGGUGUUUUAGCAAUAUUAUAUCACUGUCCUUUGUUCCUGACUCAGUUUAUGUACUGUGUAUUUAUUAUACCUGUUUGUUGUAUGUAAAUGAAUAUAAAUAUUUUCUAAAAAAACAAAAAAAAAAUUUAUAUAUAGGUUUAAUUAGAACACACUUCAUUGUCAAAUAAUUCUGCUGUUUGUACCUUACCAUUUGCCAUAGAAUUUGAGAUAUUUAAUACAUAGAAAAAAAUCACUUUUACAAGAAUUUAGUAAACAAUUGCAGUUUGGACUGUAGUUUUAGUUAACUUCCUAACUUUUUAACAUGCAGUUGAAGCUGGAAUCCUGCCACAAUUCAGAUUUGAACAUCUGAAAACCUUACAUUUCAGAAAAAACUUUCCUGUGGACUUAUUUAAAGUGAUGAGUCUGUAUACAGAUAGCAGAAAAGCAUUGCAAUGGUAAAAUAGCAAGCUGCUGUUUACAAGCCAUGAUGGCAGACUUUAUUUCUGGAUCCUAUUCUUCAAGCCAAUACUAAAUUUGACUUAUGGACCAAGUUCUAUUCUUCAGCUUUCGUCAGCAUUGUGCUAUUAAGAUCUCAAGAUGUGAGCAAAAUUUUCCAACAGAGUAUAUUUGGUGUUGGCACUUAGAACAAAACUUCAGUCUUUCUAACUUGACAUUUGGUGAAUUCUCUCAAAUUGUGUGCAAGCUUCUGCCAAGCUUGCCUUGCAAAGACUUUGUACUGUUAAAUUCACUUUAUUAGACAAAGCAACUGAAGGACAGUGUUAUGCAAAAAAACAUACAAAGUGUUAGCAAUCUGAUCAGAUUUAUUGUCUGACAUAGUAUUAUUUGUUAUAUUGUUACACUUUAAUUGUAAAAAAAAGUUGAGAUAUAUUGUGAUCGCAUUAAUAUUCUAGGUGCAAGCUAGAGCUACUUCGACUUCAGCUUUAUUGUCCUUUAGUUAUUUCUCUUUGCUGUUCUGUAUGAUCAAGCACUUUGUUCAGUUCCAGAUUUGUUUACUGCCUGAUUUCAGUCAAAGCUAAUGGUGAUAUAGUUAUUUUGCACUGUCAAUAAAGAGUACUACUGUCAUGUGCUGUUUUGAAAGUUACUUCAACGAAGCAAUAUGAAGUGGAUUGUUCAACUGCUCUUUAUACGAAGGAAUUCCAUAAGCUAUUUGCACUAUAUUUUUUAAGGGUUUCUAACAAAGUUAUAGCAAGAGAUCCGAGAAACACCAUCUCUCAGAACAUUUUACCACUUUCAAGCAACCAAUUCCUUCCAAGUUAAGGUCACUGUAGUCUGUUAUAACUGUGUAUCUUAAAAGCAAACUGAACACUUAC